GAGGAUUGGAGGAUGGGUUAUGUUAUCCAGUCACGCAGGAAAGGAUCGAAGGAAAACCAAACACAAGACAUUGUUCAGAUUCUGGACGGUCUCGGCCUGAAACGUCGGCAGUUUACUGUUUCUCACAGAUGCUGCCUGGCCUGCUGAGUUCCUCCAGCACUGUGCGGGUAUCGCUGCAAGGAAAAGCCUGGGAGCUGAGUCAGGUCUGCUGCUGCAGUUCAUUCAUUAAAGACUCGGCUGACAAUGUCAAUGCCCGGCUCAGCAAAUAUGCAGAUAUCACUAAAGUGUGAAGAAUGUAACCAGCAAUACAACAGGACGGUGGUCAAUGAGAUUUCAGUACAUUUUGUGGAGGAGACGGUUAUUUUCCGCGCUUCUACUUUUACGGACUGCUGAUUGGUGAUUAAGGCAGUUCUUCGAUUGGGGCAUAUCUCUUAACCAAUGAGAAUAAGCAGGAUCAGACCAAUCACAAACAUUAGUUCGCAUUCUCAAAGAUGUUAUAAAAAGGGCGAGUUGGGGCGGGGUGAACAUUCCCUCAUUCUCUCUGUAAUGUCGUGACUGUGGAAAUGUCUGGACGUGGAAAAGGCGGCGCUGGCAAAGCUCGGUCCAAGGCCAAAUCUCGCUCGUCUCGGGCUGGACUGCAGUUCCCGGUCGGCCGGGUUCACAGACUCCUAAGAAAGGGCAACUAUGCUGAGCGGGUGGGUGCCGGAGCCCCGGUUUAUCUGGCUGCUGUGCUCGAGUAUCUGACGGCCGAAAUCCUCGAAUUGGCCGGCAACGCGGCCCGGGACAAUAAGAAGACCCGCAUCAUCCCCCGACACCUGCAGCUGGCCGUCCGCAACGACGAGGAGCUGAACAAGCUGCUGGGAGGGGUGACUAUCGCUCAGGGCGGUGUGUUACCCAAUAUUCAGGCCGUCCUGUUGCCCAAGAAAACCGGCGCUGCUAGUAAGUGAAGCGACGUAAGCUGAAUCUAUUUACCCAAAGGCUCUAUUCAGAGCCAAUCACAACGUCUGUGGAAGGGCUGAGCGGCGGAUGCUUUCCGUCUGUUUGAUAUCCUGCAUCUGUCAGUGCCUCGACAUGUUUCUUCCGCGAAAGAAACCGGAAUAAAUCUGCACAGAAACCCGUUCGUUUCAGUCCCGGCUCGUUUUCCCCUCUCAGCCGACCCAAUGUAGCUCUCUCCCGUUGCAAAGAAUCAGCGGGUUCACUAGGUGUAGGGUGGUGAAAUGAACUUCCGUAGUCAGCCCCGGGACGGAGAAUUUAAUCUCCGAUGACUGAACGACUCCGCUCUUCAUCACCUGGAACCGCGUUGUCUGGGUUCCACAUUGCGGGUUGACCCCGGACCGUUCCGGUGUGCAGAAGGCGGGAACAUCGCCUGUUCGUUGCUUCAUGAGCGAUUCCCAUCGCCUCACAGAAAAAUAACAUUUGCGUUUUACAUUUCAGAAUCAAGUUUAUUAUCACCGCCAUGUGACGUGAAAUUUGUUAACUUAGCAGCAGCAGUGCAAUGUCAUACAUAA